AUGUCGAACAAAGAGUUUUACUUUGCUAUUAUUGGCCAUUUCGAUCAACCAAUUUUCGAAAUGGAUUUUCCAAGCAGCGAGAAGAAAUCGAAAGAAAAUGCGGAUACCAGGUACCUUUUUUUGGGUUUUGAAAAAACAGGGAAUUUGGGGGAAAUCUGAAUUGGAACAUUUUAUUUGAAAAAUUAAUUGAUCUGAAAAAUAGUGGAAUUUCAGAUUAAUUUUCUGACAAGGGAACCUUUUUUACUCAACACUUCAAAUCAUGAUGAAAUUUGGUCCAUGGACAGCUAUUGGGGUCAUAAGAACACCCUAAAAAUUUUAGUUACCCAAUGGACCUCUGAGCCAAGUUCUGGGCUCUCAAAAGUUCAAAAAUUGCCAAAAUUGGCUCAUAAAAGUCAUCAUAACUCCAUUUCAAAAUAAUUUUCAUGAGAAAUAAAGUUUCAGAUAUUGAUGAGCAUGAUCGAUUACCUAAAAGUAAAUCAAUAAAAAAUAUUUUUUCAAAAAAUUUUGAAGUUUUUUAUUUUUCGGCUGAAAAUUCACGAAAAUUCAUAUGUGCCCCUGCUCAUUCAUUUUUCCAAAAUCAAACAUUUUUCUGAAAAUUUGAUUUAUUGAUGCUUUUUGGGUAAAUCGGCCACGCUGAUCAUCAUCUGCUAUUCAGUUAUUCAUAAAAUUGAUCGAGAAUUGAGUUAUGACGUGUUUUAUGAGCCAAUUUUGGCAAUUUUUGAACUUUUGAGAGCCCAGAACUUGGCUCAGAGGUCCAUUGGGUAACUAAAAUUUUUAGGGUGUUCUUAUGGCCCCAAAAGCUGUCCAUGGACCAAAUUUCAUCAUGAUUUGAAGUGUUGAGUAAAAAAGGUUCCCUUGUGAAAAAUCAAUAAAAUGUUGAUUUUCAGCUAGAAGAAUUUGAUUUCGUCGAACUUAUUGAAAAAUCCAGUUUUUCGUGUUACGUUCAAUUUUUGUGGAAAUGAAUUUUAAGUUCAUUAAAUCUGGAAAUCUUAAUUUUCUAGAGGUUAUUUUCAAUUUUUCAGAUGCCUGAACUUAUGUCAAAAAUUUUCUAGAGUCAAGAUUUACAAUUAGAUUUUUCAUAAAUAUUCAGAUCUUUCCCCGAAAUGUGAGCACCCUGGUUCAACUAGAAAUCCCAAAAAAAUGUUCCGAUUCAGAAUUUCCCCAAACACACAAUUAAUUUUUUAAUUGUUUUUUUCCAGACAUUUGAAUCAUUAUAUUGGACAUGCAGCCCUUGAUAUUGUUGAUGAAUAUGCCCUCACAACUCCGCAAAUGUAUUUGAAGGUAUGCUGUCAUUUUUUUUAAAUAUUUACUGAUAACAAUUUUUUUCGAAAAUGAUAAUAAUCAUACAAAAAAUCGCACCAAUAACAAUUAUUACGAUGAUGAUGAUUAUGAUAAUUAUGAAAUUCAAUGACGCAAAUAAAGUCCAAAGUCUUUCAGAUGGUUGACAAGUUCAACGAAUGGUACGUGUCAGCAUUUGUAACAGCAAGUCGUAUUCGAUUCAUCAUGUUGCACACUCAAAGAUCCGAUGAGGGAAUCAAGCAGUUUUUCCAAGAGAUGUAUGAGACAUAUAUCAAACAUUCAAUGAAUCCGUUUUAUCAAAUUGAUGGACAUAUUGAUUCGCCUGCAUUUGAGCAAAAAGCUGUUUUGUAUGGCAAGAAGUAUUUGUCAUAA